AUGGCGGUCUUCGCCAUGGGCUGGCACAAGCCCGACAACGUCGCUGGCUCGUCGGCGCCGGCGAUCAUGGUCGGGCUGUUCGUCGCCACCGGCGGACUCCUAUUUGGCUACGACACUGGCUCAAUCAACGGGAUUUUGGCAAUGGAUACCUUCAGGCAGGACUUCACGACGGGCUUCAUCGAUUCGGACAAUAGGCCAGGAAUAUCCCCGCAGGAGGUGUCAUUAAUUGUUUCUAUGCUCAGCGCCGGAACAGUUGUCGGGGCUCUGCUGGCUGCUCCCGCAGGAGAUAUCUGGGGUCGUCGACUAUCGCUCAUCGCUGCUGUCGGAGUGUUCUCCGUCGGUGCCGUAUUCCAGGUGUGCGCAACCAAUAUAGCGCUUCUGGUAGUCGGAAGGACGCUGGCUGGUGUUGGAGUAGGGACCGUCUCGGUGCUUGUUCCGUUAUACCAGUCGGAGAUGGCGCCCAAGUGGAUCCGUGGAACGCUGGUCUGCGCAUAUCAGUUGUCUAUCACCGUCGGUCUCCUUGCCGCUGCCCUCGUCAACAUCUUUACGUACCAGAUACCCACAGCUGCAGCGUAUCGUAUCCCUAUCGGUCUCCAACUUACUUGGGCUGUCGUCCUUGCCUUGGGUCUUUUGAUUCUGCCAGAGACGCCCCGUUAUCUAAUCAAGCGCGGGCUGAAAGAUGCCGCCGCACUAUCACUCAGCCGCCUCCGACGCCUCGACAUCACUCACCCCGCCCUGAUCGAGGAGCUGGCGGAAAUCCAGGCUAACCACGAGUACGAACUGGCACUGGGCCCUGAUAAAUACAGGGACAUAAUCUUUGGCGAACCUCACCUCGGUCGCCGCACACUCACAGGCUGCGUCCUUCAGAUGCUCCAGCAAUUGACGGGCGUCAAUUUCAUCAUGUACUACGGAACAACCUUCUUCAACGGGGCAGGCGUCAACAAUCCGUUCCUCAUUUCCUUGAUUAUGCAGAUUAUCAAUAUGGUAUCGACCUUCCCCGGCUUAUUUGUGGUUGAGUCGUGGGGCCGACGGAGAUUGCUUAUCGUGGGAGCAAUUGGGAUGGCAAUCUGCCAGCUCCUGAUAGCAUCGUUUGCCACGGCCACCGGAAACGACCACCAGCCGGUUCAAAACCAAAUUCUCAUCAUAUUCGUCGCGAUAUACAUUUUCUUCUUCGCAGCGUCCUGGGGCCCCGUCGUUUGGGUCGUCACGUCCGAGAUUUACCCCCUCAAAGUGCGCGCCAAGUCCAUGUCAGUCUCGACUGCAUCCAACUGGCUCCUGAAUUUCGGGAUUGCGUACGGCACACCAUAUAUGGUGGAUACUACCAAAGGCUCGGCGGGUGCAAUCGACCUGGGCUCUCGGGUGUUCUUCGUAUGGGGCGCAUUUUGCAUCCUUUCCAUCGCUUUCGUCUGGUGUAUGGUGUACGAGACCAGCAAGAUCAGCCUGGAACAGAUUGACGAGAUGUACGAGAGGGUAGACUACGCAUGGAACAGCAGGGGUUUCGAACCGAGUUGGAGUUUCCAGCAGAUGCGGGACUUUGGCUACUCAGAGAGCGGAAUUCCCCCGACAGAGCCGCAACUCGAGCUGCAGCCUUCGAGGACCAGCACAUCACAAUCGGAUACAGGGGGCAGCUCCACGACGAACUCGACGGGGCUGAAUCCGCAGGACGCCAAAACCCUGUCACAAUUAGGUCAUGUCGAUCUAAGCUAUUGA